UUUGAAAUCUACAGCGGCCAGUUCUCCACAUUUCGCUUUCGUGCUCGUCCUUCCGCUUUUAGAAGUGAUCUUAUGGCAUUGUCUAACCAGCAAACUGUCGAUUUCCCGAGCUUUAAACUCGUUCUCGUUGGUGAUGGAGGAACUGGGAAAACUACUUUUGUGAAGAGGCAUCUUACUGGUGAAUUUGAGAAGAAGUAUGAGCCUACCAUUGGUGUUGAGGUCCAUCCGUUGGAUUUCUUUACAAACUGUGGGAAGAUCAGAUUCAAUUGCUGGGACACAGCUGGCCAAGAGAAAUUUGGUGGUCUCAGGGAUGGAUACUACAUUAAUGGUCAAUGUGCUAUUAUCAUGUUUGAUGUCACCGCCAGGUUAACAUACAAAAAUGUUCCGACAUGGCAUCGGGAUCUAUGCAGGGUCUGUGAGAAUGUUCCUAUUGUUCUCUGUGGAAACAAGGUUGAUGUGAAGAACAGGCAGGUCAAAGCAAAGCAAGUUACAUUCCACAGGAAGAAGAACCUUCAAUACUAUGAGAUUUCAGCAAAGAGCAAUUAUAACUUUGAGAAGCCCUUCCUUUAUCUUGCUAGAAAACUUGCAGGGGACCAAAACCUUCACUUUGUUGAAUCACCUGCUCUUGCGCCUCCGGAAGUCCAGAUUGACCUUGCCGCCCAGCAACAGCAUGAAGCAGAGCUGGCUGCAGCUGCUGCCCAACCUCUUCCUGAUGACGAUGAUGAUUUAUUUGAAUAGAAGAUCCUACUGAAAACCUUUAUGCUGUGAGCAGUCCUUGUCUUGAACCAUUAGAGUUAUUUUAACCGUCUAGUAGAUGAACUUUUGAACUUUUGAUUGAUGAAUCCAACAAAUCUUACAUUUGAUGUGGAGGGUGACAUAUACGCCAAUAAAUUGGUGGCAGAGUUAUGAUU